AUGUCUAAGGCUCCAGCUGUCGGGAUCGACUUGGGCACUACCUUCUCCUGCGUUGGUGUUUUCCAGCACGGAAAGGUAGAAAUAAUCGCCAACGAUCAAGGCAAUCGAACAACACCUAGCUAUGUCGCAUUCACUGACACCGAACGCCUCAUUGGUGAUGCCGCUAGGAACCAGGUGGCUAUGAACCCGUCGAAUACUGUCUUUGAUGCCAAGCGCCUAAUUGGCCGACGCUUCGACGACCCCGCUGUCCAAAGUGAUGCGAAGCACUGGCCAUUUACGAUUAUCAAUUCUGGUGGCAAACCAAAGAUCGAAGUCGAGUACCGGGGAGAGAAAAAACAAUUCAAUGCUGAAGAAAUCUCCUCAAUGGUGCUGGUUAAAAUGAAGGAAACUGCCGAGGCCUACCUAGGCAAGACGGUCACUGACGCUGUCGUCACUGUUCCUGCCUAUUUCAACGAUAGUCAACGUCAAGCCACGAAAGAUGCAGGAACCAUCUCGGGCCUCAAUGUUCUGCGCAUUAUUAAUGAACCGACGGCCGCUGCGAUAGCUUACGGACUCGACAAGAAGGUCGGCUCUGAACGCAAUGUGCUCAUCUUCGAUCUUGGCGGAGGUACUUUUGAUGUGUCCAUUCUCUCCAUCGAAGACGGCAUCUUUGAAGUAAAGUCUACCGCCGGGGACACCCAUUUGGGAGGUGAGGACUUCGACUCUCGACUAGUUAGUCACUUCGCCCAAGAGUUCAAGCGCAAACACAAGAAAGAUCUUAACACAAAUAAGCGUGCUAUCCGUCGUCUCCGAACUGCCUGUGAGAGGGCCAAGCGCACGCUCAGUUCCAGCGCUCAAGCUAACGUCGAAAUAGACUCGCUGAUGGACGGUAUCGACUUUUACACCUCCAUAACGCGAGCCCGCUUCGAGGAACUCUGUGCAGACCUCUUUCGCAGCACAUUGGAUCCUGUGGAGAAAGCCCUUCGGGAUGCGAAGCUGGACAAAUCCUCGGUCCACGAUGUAGUGCUAGUAGGCGGCUCUACGCGUAUUCCUAAGGUGCAGAAACUACUGCAAGACUUCUUCAACGGUAAAGAACUGAACAAAUCUAUAAAUCCGGACGAGGCUGUCGCUUAUGGCGCUGCGGUUCAGGCUGCCAUUCUGAGCGGUGAUAAGUCAGAGGCUGUUCAGGACCUGCUACUUCUGGAUGUCGCCCCCUUGUCGUUAGGUUUGGAGACUGCUGGUGGUGUAAUGACCGCCCUCAUUAAGCGAAACACUACCAUUCCGACCAAACAGACGCAGACCUUCACCACCUACUCGGACAACCAGCCAGGUGUGCUGAUCCAAGUGUACGAGGGUGAACGUGCCAUGACUCGAGACAACAACCUGUUGGGGAAAUUCGAACUGUCAGGCAUUCCCCCGGCACCUCGCGGAGUGCCUCAGAUAGAGGUGACUUUCGACAUUGAUGCCAACGGCAUCUUGAACGUGUCCGCGGUUGACAAGUCAACUGGAAAGCAGAAUAAGAUCACCAUCACCAAUGACAAAGGUCGCCUCUCGAAGGAGGACAUUGAGCGUAUGGUAAAUGAGGCGGAGAAAUUCAAGGCCGAAGAUGAACAGCAACGUGAUAGGGUGGCUGCAAAGAACUCGCUUGAGAGCUACGCCUACUCUAUGAAGUCGAACGUCGAGGAGGAGAAGAUGAAAGAUAAGAUUCCAGAAGCAGACCGCCAAAAGAUAACAGAGAAGUGUAACGAGACUAUCAGCUGGCUCGAGAAGAACCAACAGGCAGACAAGGACGAGUACGAGCACAGACAGAAGGAGCUGGAACAACUCUGCAACCCAAUCAUCACAAAAAUGUAUCAGGAGGCGGGUGGCAUGCCCGGCGGCAUGUCUGGUAACAUGCCGGGUGGCCGGCCCGGGGGUGUGUCUGGUGACGCUGGCGCCGGAGGAAGGGGCCCCACCAUUGAGGAGGUUGAUUAA